AUGUAAUCCAGUUUCACAACAAGCGUCGCGUGACAUACCGAUGCAUAAGGGGUGUGGUGUCACGUGGUCCAGUCACACUGAGAGGUGUUUGCCUAUUUAAACAGGAGGCGCAGAAGCUGCCCAAACUUCACUGAAGUCAUUCUUAUCAUCAGAUUCACCGUUAACCUGAAGCGCACAGGAUGGACGCUGCGUACAAAAAGAUCAAUGGGGACCACGAGCCAGUGGAGGAAUCAGGGACUAGGAAAAGAAGAGGGUCUAUGUACUUGGAGGAAGAGACCAGUAAGUCUGAAGUUGUCUCCUGCAUCUUCUCCCUGAAAGAGGAGGUUGGAGCUUUAGCCAGGGCUCUCAGACUGUUCGAGGAGAAGGGGAUCAACCUGAUGCACAUUGAGUCCCGCCCCUCCAGGAUGAACAAAGAGCAGUAUGAGUUCUUCAUCAGUGUGGACCCCUCGUGCUCUCAGGCUCUGGACGAGGCCAUAGACAGCUUGCGCACACAAAUCAGCGGUCAAGUACAUGAGCUAUCGCGAAACAAGAAGAAAGACACAGUGCCAUGGUUCCCCAAUGACAUCCAGGACCUUGACCGCUUUGCUAACCAGAUCCUGAGCUAUGGCUCGGAGCUUGAUGCGGAUCACCCAGGCUUCACAGAUCCAGUGUACAGAGCUCGCAGAAAGGAGUUUGCAGAUAUUGCCUACAACUAUAGACAUGGACAGCCCAUACCCCGAGUGGAGUACACAGAGGAGGAGAAGGCCACAUGGGGCACUGUGUUUAAGGAGCUCAAGUCUCUGUACCCGACCCAUGCCUGUCGGGAGCACAACCGGGUCUUUCCACUUCUGGAAAAAUAUUGUGGCUACAGGCAGGACAACAUCCCUCAGCUGGAGGAUGUGUCCCGCUUCCUGCAAUCAUGCACAGGGUUCCAGCUUCGCCCUGUAGCAGGAUUGUUGUCAUCCCGGGACUUUUUGGCAGGCCUUGCCUUCCGAGUUUUCCAUUCGACACAAUACAUUCGUCAUAGCUCCAAACCAACAUACACCCCUGAACCAGAUAUCUGUCAUGAGCUUCUUGGACAUGUUCCUCUGUUUGCUGACCCAGGGUUUGCUCAGUUCUCACAGGAGAUUGGACUAGCAUCCCUUGGCGCCCCUGAUGAGUUCAUUGAGAAACUUGCAACUGUGUACUGGUUCACUGUGGAGUUUGGGCUGUGCAAGCAAGGCUCUGAGAUAAAAGCCUUUGGGGCUGGUUUGCUUUCAUCAUUUGGAGAGCUGCAGUACUGCCUGACGGACAAGCCACAACUGAUGCCAUUUGAACCAGAAAAGACAUGUCUCCAGAAAUACCCCAUAACAGAGUAUCAACCAGUGUACUUCAUUGCUGAAAGCUUUGAUGAUGCCAAGGAAAAAGUCAGGAGAUUUGCAAGUACAAUUCCCAGGCCAUUCACUGUUCGCUACAAUCCAUACACCCAGAGUGUGGAAGUACUGGAUAACACGCUGCAGCUCAGGAACCUGGCAGAGAGCAUCAAUGGGGAGCUGAGCAAGCUGUGUGAAGCCAUGAGAAAACUGGAGUAAUUAGUGGAUAAAUAUUACUGAACAUUUACUUUGCUGCUGCCUCUUGAUACAACCAAAUAUCGUUCUUCUAUUAUAUAACCAUCACUAUAUUACUUUUACUGCUACUGCUACUGCUACUGCUACUGCUACUACUACUACUACUACUACUACUACUACUACUACUACUACUACUACUACUACUACUACUACUACUUGUGUAACACUCUCCUUAGAUCAUAGCAGUAUAGUAGAUAACAAUUGCCUGAUGUAUGUUUGUAACAAUAUUAUACAGUCUAUGAGUUACUGAUGUUUUUUAUAUAAAUAUAUAUAUAUGAAGACUUGUGAAAUUACAAUUUUGCUCUAUACAUGUGUACAAUUUCUGAUGUCACACGAGCAUUUAUUUCAUAGUUCAAGUGCUUGACUCAAUAAAGAUUAAGCAUGUACUGUUUUGUUGU